AUGGCUGAAGCACCUUUAGAGAAAAAGAUCAAAGUAUUGAUGGCAGCAUCCAAAAGAAUUUAAAAAGAAUACUUAGCAUACAAAAAUGAAAUUCAAUUAUUUGAAAAUGCUAUAUAAGGGAUCGAAGAUAAUGAAGAAAAUGCAUUAAAAUUAAAGAAACAAAAUGAAUUAUUAGUUGAAUCAAAGAGCAUGUUACCAAAUACAUUUUAAAGAUUGGAAGAAAUCAAUCAAAAAUUGAUUGAUCAAGUAGUAGAAUUAGGAAUGAUGAAUGAGGAAUUAACGGAAUAGGCCUAGCAAUGCAUAGAUCAGACCUAAUUAUUUCUUAAUUAGAUAAAUCCAGCAAUGAUUUGA